AUGGGACAAAAUAAUUGCACUCCUAACAUCCCUGGAUUGGAAAACUGUUAUGCAAGAUACGAGUAAACAGAUGAAAAUAAAUAUCCUUAUUUAGUAGCCAAUAAACAUAGAUUGGCAGAAUCGCAAAACUCACAGAUUUUGGAAUUAUAUCAAAAACAACAAGAUCAACUUAGAUGUUAUUUGUAGAAUUCUCGUUAGCUCUCCCAAUCGACUAGACGUAAUUAUGAAUUUGAAGGGCGUUUUCUUAAACUUCCAUCACAUCUCAUCUGUCACGUUAUGUAUUUUGUCAUCGAUGACUAUCUCAACUUAUUACUUGUUAAUACUUUGUGGUAUACGAGAUUGAAUGAAGCCUUUUCAAAGACGGUUAGCAUAGUUGAUGAGAAAUUUUAAUAAUCUCAUUCCUUUUUAAAAUUAAAGUAGUCCAAAAAUGCAUUUCAAACUUUUUAAUUUGGAAGACAAUAAGGAUUCAGAUUGGAUAGAUGCUUAAUUGCAGAAAUCACUCCUGGAGUUGAAAAUUCAAUUGUCAAAAUAUCAUACACCUACCUCUGUAAAGGAUAGGAAAAGGCUGUCUGCUACAAAUUUGCAAUUCUGAGGAGGAACACAAUAAGAACCAUUUGGGUUGGAGUUGAUUAGAGCACUAAUAUUUAUGAUAAACAGACAGUUCCCGUGAUAUAACCUGUCUUGCCUUUUUGUGUUGGAGACUACAUCAAAAUUCCAUUCACUCUAUUGAACCUCCAAGGAUAAGUAAAUCUGUAAAGUAUUAAAUGGAAUAAGCCUUAGGUUGAAAAACUUGAUGUUGGCAUUUUCGGAAAUAUCAAACAUAUCACGAUGUAACCGCCUCCUAGAUUCGAACCCAAAGAUGCUGAUUGGACUCUAUUUCAAUACUUUAAUCAUCCAAUGAAGAAAUGCUUUGAUAAUUUUAAGCAAAUCAAAUUAAAAGAGUGUAGAUGUUGCGGUAACGGGUUAGUUAUUAAUCGUAUGAAUUACACUUGUGUUUCAGAGGGGUAACUGACGAUUCCCUAAUUGAAUAUGAAAAUGGUUGUCAAGUAGGGUUGCAUUACAAAUCAGAUAAAUCGAGCGACUGUUAGUUAUGAAUUGGAUAAUACUUUGGAAUUAAGAAUUGGUGAUUAAUUAACACUUUACUAUUUGAGAGGAGGAGACUCUUGA